AUGUUGCUGAGUUUAGAGACACUUCAAGAAGUCACAGUUUUCCAAAGUGAAGCAGAGAAGUUCCUGGUGAAAGGCCCCUCACACCCCAUUGUGGUAACACUUGGCAGCGACACUAUGCUGACUUGUUCCCUGUUACCAGCUCUGAAUGCAAGGAGCAUGGAGUUUCUGUGGUUCCGCUCUCAGAUCUCAGAAGUUGUGUUCUCCUAUCAAAACCAGCAGGAGCAGAAGGGGAAACAGCUGCCCCAGUAUGCAGGGCGGACCACACUGGUGAGGGACUUUCUCACUCAGGGCAUGGUGACUAUGCACCUCAGCAACGUCCAGGUUUCUGAUGAUGGGCUGUACACCUGCUUCUUCAGAAAAGGAGACUACUAUGACACGGCCACGCUUGAAGUGAAGGUGGCAGGUGUGGGCUCUGAGCCUGAAGUUUACAUUGAAAAACCAGAGGAAGAUGGUGUUCGUGUGGUGUGCACGGCCUCUGGAUGGUUUCCGAAGCCCCAGGUUCAGUGGAGAGACCUCAGUGGAGAGAAGUUCCUAGCUUUCUCAGAGGCCCAUGCCCAGGACUCAGAGGGGCUGUUUCACGUGGAGACCUCGCUGGUGGUGAGAAACAGAUCUGCAGGGAAUGUGACCUGCUCCAUCCUCAACCCCAUUCUGGGCCAGGAGAAGGUGAAGGCCAUUUUCAUCCCAGGUAAGAGUUGUUCUGGUUUUUAG